AUGGCAACAUCUGGUCAAGUUUAUGUUACCUUUUCAAUAUUCUAUCUUGCACUCCAUUAUAGUGAUGUACAAGCAAAGGAUUCACAGUGUUUAUGGACUGCUUGGUCACCAUGUACCGUAACUUGCAUAAGUCGUGGAUCAAGUUCAGUUUACUCCCAGCAAUGGCAACAAUUUAUUUGCAAGAAUUUGAACAAUAAUUCUAUUAUUAUUACAGCAAAAUUUCGUUCGUGUACCCAUAUGAUACCUCUAUGUUUAUCGGAUGAAGGCUUCUCGAUGGCAUUCCACAACUACUACUUUUUGGCAAUAUUUUUAGUUUGCAUAUUGCUAGCAUUUUUUCCAAACAUGAUCCUUGGUUUACGUUAUAAGCGAGUUUGGAUUUGGAAAAGUCGAAAAACUGAACAGAAAAGUGAACAAUCUGUGCUAUCAUUGAAUGAAGCAACCUGCCGAUAA